AAAGAAGCAUUUGUUGCCGCCGACAUCAAUUACUCAUUGUGCCCUCCACCAACAACAAUUAGAAAAAAAUGGCAGAGGAAGCACCGGUAAUCCAACAAAAUAACGUCCUCGAGCCUGAAGUUAUACUCAAGAAACGUAAAGUUAAUGAGCGAACUCGGCUUGAACGAGUAGAAGCUGCUCUUGAAAAGAAAAAGGCUUUAAGCAAAAAGAAAAACAUUAUUUUCAAGCGUGCCGAAUCAUUCGUAAAGAACUAUCGGGAUGGUGAAAGAGAGCGUUUGAGGUUGAAGCGCGUGGCUAAGAAGACCGGCGCCGCUUUGGUUGACGAGGAGUCUAAACUUCUCUUUUGCAUUCGCGUUGCUGGUGUACGCAAUGUACCGCCUAAGGCUCGUAAAGUCUUACAACUUUUACGCUUAACCAGUAUCAAUAACGGUGUCUUUAUCCGUAAUAACAAGUCGACAGCUAACAUGUUGAAGCUUGUCGAACCAUACGUUACUUAUGGCGUUCCGAGUCUAAAGUCUGUGCGCGAACUGAUUUAUAAGCGUGGUUUUGGUAAAAUUAAAGGUCAAAGAGUCGCCCUUUCUGACAAUGCUCUUGUCGAAGAAGCUCUUGGAAAGCUUGAUGUUAUUUCUAUUGAAGAUAUUAUUCACGAGAUAUAUAAUGUUGGACCUCAUUUUAAAGAGGUUAGUAGCUUCUUGUGGCCUUUCAAGUUGACCUCCAUUAAACGCUCUUUGAUUGAGAAGAAAGCCAAACAUUAUAAUGAGGGCGGAAGAACUGGUUUCUGUGGUGAAGACAUAAAUAACUUUAUCAAAGAACAAGCUUAAGAUCGACUCUCUUUUAGCCGUAUUAUAAUGCCCUCGUUAAAAACAUCGGAAGAUGUUUUAUGUAUAUUAGAACUAGUUUUACGGAUUGGAAUUUAUUAAUUGGAAUUGUAUUAAGGUAUCUGGAUUUAAUUUGAAGAUAUAUUUGAGUGAGUGGUCAUAAAGAUAGAACUAGUAUUGUAAAAGCUCGUAACUAUAAUAC